AUGGCCCAUGCAAACAGAUUUGCAGGGGUGGCGAGGCACGCGCGACGGCAGCGAGGCGCGUGGCGCCGGGGAGGAGGUGGGUCGUCGGGGAGGAGGUGGGUCGCCGGGGAGGAGGAGGUGGGUCGUCGGGGUAUUUUGGUGGCGGUGGAAGGAGGGGUAGCGGAGGAGGCAGGGGAGGGCGGCCGGAGUCGUCGUCGGAGGGAGGAUGGGGGAGGAGGAGGAAGGAUGGAGGAACGAGAGGUCAGAGGAGGGAGGAUGGGGGAGAAGGAGGGAGGAUGGGGGAGGAUCAGAGAAUGGGGGCGGCUCUCACGGCUGCUAGGGUUUAGGAAGAGGUGGCCAGGUGGGUAG